AUGCAAUCCCAACCUUCUACUAGUUUUGUUUUUCCUGACAUGAUAACUCAUGAUAUUCGGUGGACUGGAUUUUGGCGUUCAGAAGAAAAAGUCACAGAUAACAGAUAUAAAGCCAAAUGCUCCUAUU